CCCAUCCCCUCUCUCUCAUUCGUCACCCGUCCAUUCGUCGUCAUGCCCAAGAUCCACACCCAAGAGUUUGACACCGCCGUCUUCAAGGGCAAGGCCGAGUUUAACACCGGCCUCUUCAUCGAUGGCAAGUGGGUGGACGGAUCGGAUGGCAAAACGAUCGACGUUAUCAACCCCACGACCGGCAAGACCGUCGUCCAGGUCUCCUUAGGCUCGCCCAAGGACGUCGACAAGGCCGUCGCCGCCGCGCGCAAGGCGUUCGAGACCGUCUGGGGCACGAAGACGCCCGGCUUCGAGCGCUCGCACCUGCUAUUCAAGCUCGCCGAGCUGAUGGAGCAGCACUCGGACCGGCUCGCGGCGCUCGAGGCGCUCGACAACGGCAAGACCUUCGGCUGGGCGAAGGGCACCGACGUCGCGUUCGCGACGAACACGAUCCGGUACUACGCCGGCUGGGCGGACAAGAACCACGGGCAGACGAUCGAGACGACCGACGACAAGCUCGGCUACACGCGCCACGAACCGGUCGGCGUCGUGGGCCAGAUCAUCCCCUGGAACUUCCCGCUCCUCAUGCUCUCCUGGAAGCUCGGCCCGGCGCUCGCCACCGGCAACACCAUCGUCCUCAAGCCGUCCGAGUUCACGCCCCUCACCGCGCUCUACAUGACCACCCUCAUCAACGAGGCCGGCUUCCCCCCCGGCGUCGUCAACAUCGUCAACGGAUACGGCCAGGACGUCGGCCAGACCAUCGCCGAGCACCUCGACAUCGACAAGAUCGCGUUCACGGGCUCGACGCUCGUCGGCAGGAAGAUCAUGGAGGCCGCCGCGCGCACGAACCUCAAGAACGUCACGCUCGAGCUCGGCGGUAAGAGCCCGAACGUGAUCUUCGACGACGCCGAUUUGGAUGAGGCCGUCAACUGGGCCGCGCACGGUAUCUUCUGGAACCACGGCCAGGCGUGCUGCGCCGGCUCGCGUAUCUUCGUGCACGAGAAGAUCUACGACGAGUUCCUGAAGCGGUUCGUCGCCAAGACAAAGUCGAUCAAGGUCGGCGACCCCUUCGAGCACGACUCGUACCAGGGCCCGCAGGUCUCGCAGCAGCAAUACGACCGCAUCAUGUCCUAUAUCGACUCGGGCAAGGAACAAGGCGCGACCGUCACCCUCGGCGGCAAACGCGUCGGCAACGAGGGCUACUUCAUCGAGCCCACCAUCUUCACCGACACCCGGCCGGACAUGAAGAUCGUCCAGGAGGAGAUCUUCGGCCCCGUCGGCGUCGUCAUCAAGUUCCACGACGACGAAGACGUCAUCCGCCAGGCCAACGAGACCGUCUACGGCCUCGCCGCCGCCGUCUUCUCCCGCGACGUCACCCGCGCGCUGUCCGUCGCCCACCGGUUGCACGCCGGCACGACGUGGGUCAACUGCGCGAACAUGCUGCACCCCCAGAUCCCGUUCGGCGGCUUCAAGCAGUCGGGUAUCGGCCGCGAGUUGGGCGAGUACGCGUUGGCGAAUUAUACGAACGUGAAGGCGGUCCACGUCAACCUCGGGCACAAGAUCUGAAGGAAGGGUCGUUUGUGUCCGUUGGGAUGACGAUUUUCGUGCAUUUUGAUCUGUUUUGUUUUUUUUGCCUUUGCGGAUCGGGCUGGAUGAAACAAAAAUGUCCUUUGUAUUACUUAUAUACCUCCUCCGUCUCUUUGUAUCAUCUUUCUCCCUCUCGCCAAUUUCGCCAAUUGUAUACGAUGCAUCCAC